ACCAUCUUAACUAGGGGCAAAGCAGACGACUCUACGCGGUCGCUCCGAGAAAUAAGAAACGUAGCUGUCCUACAACACGUAUUUACAACAGCAAGAGCAGCCACUGUCUGUAGCUGUAGAUAUGUAUUUCCUAACAAGUCCUGGAAAGCAGUCCAUUUGCCAGUAACUGUAAUGGUGGAGACGACAGGAGCUGAUGUUGUGACCCGGGUGGAGCUUCCUGUGGAUUCACCGAGUUACCAUGGUGAAAGUUACCAGCAAGCUUUUCAAGGGUGUAUUAGCACUUGAACUGGCAGGUGUUGUUGGCGCAUAUCUGCUGUACUUCAGGAUGGACUCAAGCCAAGAUUUCCGGCAUACAAUGAAUAGAAGAUUCCCCUCAGUUUUAGAAGGUUUCUUAUUUUGUUUGAGAACAGUUUACUAUAAAUCCAAUGAAUGGUCUGGCAUACAAGGGAUCCGGGAACGAGAUGCACUGGCAUGGGAAUUAAGGAAGAACUAAUAUACUUCAUGACAGUGCCUGAUAAAAUAACCUGCACAGACGUCAAACUACUUAUCAUACCGAGAUUUAUCUUGUUUUCCCACGUGGACUCCAUCAGAGACCUAACAUUGUUGCCAAUGUCAAGAUAUAAAAGAUCCCCAAUAGUUGUCAUCAUAAUCUUUUACACCAAGAACUGAAAAAUACUAAUUGUAUCAGGCCAGAGUGGCAUUUUCUUAAAUUACAUAUGUUUUUUU